AUGACCGAACUUAAUCUUGAUUUUGAUUAUAUUGCAAACAAUAUACAGCAGUAUAUCGAUGAAGAUAACUUUUAUGAUAUACUUGAAAUGGAAAACAUUCCAAAAGUCCUACGCAAAGCAACUCUUGAUUCCAAUAACUUUCAAGCCAUUCUUUCUCAAGGCAAACCAAAAUACGGUCCAUCCAAACUAUUUAAAUUUAUUCAGAAAUGCAAUGUUACAGUUGAUUCAUAUGAUGACGCAAUUAACGUUCUUAAAAGUUACAAACGCGUACUCAAACUCAAAUCAGCAAAUAGUUUAAUUGACUUUUUGAAGAAAUAUAGUACAGAAUGCAUUACAGGAUCAAAAGAACUUGCAGAUUUAAAUUCUGAAAAUCAAAAUCUUCGUUCAAAGGUUGAAACCAUGGGAACAGAUGUCACAAAGUUAAAUUCUGAAAAUCAAAAUCUUCAUUCAAAGCUUGAAAGCCUCGAAAAAGAGCUCUCAACUCUCAAAAACAACAAUGAACAACUCAAAAAAGACAAUGAACAACUCAAAAAAGACAAUGAACAACUCAAAAAGGAUAUCAAAACAGUUAAAGAUGAAAUCACACAGGAGAAAAAUACAAAUGAUCAACUCUUUAAAUCUAUUAAUGAUUACGGAACGAUGAAUCAAUUAAGAAAAUCAGGAGAUUUUGAUGCGAUUUAUAAUUUCCUCAAUGAUCUUUCAAGUAAAGAUCAUAAAAUCAAAAUUUCCAUUGCAUGUGCUCUUGGAUUAUGUGAAAAGAAGAAUUCGUAUGAAUGUACAUCACUUCUUUGGGCGUGUGUUAAUGGAAACCUUCAAUUAGUAAAAUCUCUUGUUGAAGGAGGUUGUGAUAGAAACGCAUGUGAUAAAUUUGGAAAUAAUUGCUUUAUUGAAGCGGCAUCAAAAGGUUAUGUUGAUAUUGUAAGAUAUUUAGUCGAUGCUGGUUUUGACAAGAACUGGCGAAUCAAAAGCAAUGGAUUUAAUGCAAUUCUUAACGCUUCACAAGAUGGCAAACUUGAUAUGGUUAAAUAUUUGAUAAGUAUUGGUUGCAGUGCAAAUUCAAAGCAAAAUGGCAAUGCAAACUGUUUAUACUUUGCAUCAUUAAAUGGUCAUCUUGAAGUAGUUAAAUAUCUUGUUUCCGUUGGAGGAAAUCCAAAGGAUAAAGAUAAUGAUGGAUUUUCUUCUAUUUAG